AUAAUACAAAAAAAUAAAAGAAAAUAAAAUUAAAACUAGGCAGUCCUCCUUCGAGCUCUGGCAGUGGCAAAGGUACCAACCUUCACCUUCAAAGUCUCUCCAGCCUUCUCAAACAGAACCAGAAACCCUACCAAAGAUGAAGAUAAUGGUGGCCAUAAAGCGAGUCGUCGACUACGCCGUCAAAAUCAGAGUCAAACCCGACAAAACGGGCGUGGAAACCCAGAAUGUGAAGAUGUCGAUGAACCCCUUCUGCGAGAUAGCGCUCGAGGAGGCUCUGCGGAUCAAGGAGUCGGGCCUGGCCUCGGAGGUCGUGGCGGUCAGUAUGGGCACAGCGCAGUGCGUGGACACUCUCAGAACUGGGCUCGCUAUGGGUGCUGAUCGGGGGAUUCAUGUGGAGGCCACUGGGGCUCUGUACCCGCUCUCUGUUGCCAAGCUUUUGAAGGCGCUUGUAGAGGUUGAGAAGCCCGGGCUUCUCAUUCUGGGCAAGCAGGCCAUUGAUGAUGAUUGCAAUCAAACAGGGCAAAUGGUUGCGGGGCUUCUUGGUUGGCCACAGGGGACCUUUGCUUCAAAGGUUGUGCUGGACAAGGAGAACCAAGUAGCAACAGUGGAUAGAGAAGUGGAUGGUGGUCUUGAGACCUUGUCUUUAGACUUACCAGCUGUAAUCACAACUGAUUUGAGGUUGAAUCAGCCGAGGUAUGCAACACUCCCCAACAUAAUGAAAGCAAAGUCGAAGGCCAUAAAGAAAUUCACUCCACAGGAGUUAAACGUGGAAAUAAAAUCCGAUUUAGAGGUUGUUCAAGUCACGGAACCUCCCAAGAGAAAAGCAGGGGUUGUAGUCUCUUCGGUGGACGACCUUCUUGACAAGCUCAAGAAUGAAGCUCAUGUCAUUUGAUUUUUUGAUUGCUUCUUCAUCAAGCUUCAAAACCCAUGUACUCGGCUGUUUCUUUCUCACCAAAUCUUAAAAUGCUCUGAUUUUUCUACACCAAAAUAUACAGAAAUGCAACUAUAGAAUAACUCUGAGUGCCAGUUCAAUAAAAUUUCAUUUUUCAUAUAA